GUUAUUUGUCCCUUAACCAGAGAUUCGAUUUGGUAACCCGCCUGGUUAGGAGCCAGAGCUUUCUGUGCGCGAAUCCCCAGGGGAGUGAAAGUGUUGUCGUCUUACGAAUCCAGACUAUUUGCAAGUGCCGGCUUUUGUGUGAAGGCCGGGCGCCUCAUGCGGAUAGCCUGUCGCUUCUGGAUGUUUCAAGCGAGGUGCUUUGUUUCCCGGGAAUGGAAUUCUGGGCGCCCCUGCGCAAGCUAGAUGGCACUCGGAUCCCAGUGACGGUUAAGUGGCUCGUCAAGGAGAUCCCAGAUGCUUUGUUCUCACGCCCCCUGCCACGUGGCUCGCCCAAGAUUGCGGAGGCUUACCUGCGUGUUGCCACUGGUAGGGAGGCCGUCGAGAGCCGGCUCGGGCACGAGGUCUUGCACGGGGACAAGGACCUGCUCGUCCAAUGGCGAAGCGCGGACAGCCUGGUGUACGACAUCCUCCACCCUCGGAAGGUCGUCGAAGCGGCGCAAGCCGAAGAGCUGGAGUUUGUGCGCCUCAACCUGGCUCACACCGCGAGUGACGCGUGGGCGCCGUUCUCCCCGGGGGUGGCGAAGAACACUGCGCCACCGCAAGAGCGUUCCGCCGUGGACCUGAACCGGGACGGACAGAACGCCCGCGGCGAGUCAUUCAGGCUGAGCUCAAAAGGGUUGAUAGCCGGGCUGGACAAACGCGUUUUUCUGGGGGGACGAAGACGGAUCAGCGUGGGCUAGUGCUUAGGGGUUAAAAUAUGACAGAGAUCUCAGAUAGGACUUGCAAUCCUGGGAAGAGGAGGAGGGCCUCGGGCAUUGAAUCUAGUAACUUAAGAUUCAGUCCCUUAUGAUGCAGGGAAGAAAAGCAUUAUGUUGAAGUAGCACCAGGCCCGUACAUGUGCUUUUGGCACUAUGACGACAAGCUCUUGGCUAGCGGCGGUUAGCAUACUAGCUGUUUUACCAAACUGUAGUGAUAGAACUGGUCCGGUCGUGUUGGUAUAUCUGGUCAGUGUAGUCUGUCGCUCUGACAGAAGGGUUGGACAGGAGUCGGCUCCACUAGGAUCGUCCUCCUCUUUGGUGCUGCGCCGGACGACUGGUCGACACAGGAACGUGCUUGGCAGAUCGAAAGGGCCACCAAAAACGCCGCCAAAAACAUAAGAAGCAGCCUAAGAGUUGAGCCCACCUUCUCAACUUCGAUCCGAAUC